AUGCAGUGCCCGGAAGUUUGGAACUUCAAAGAGCCCGAGACAAUAUUCAAGUCGCACGUCGUUGAUCCGGACGAUAAGAGCUGUUUCAGCAAAAUUCGCAGCUUCCACUACAAUCACUUGGCCUCAGUCGUACUUCCAGACACGUUAAGGGUACCUCAAAGCUUGACAGACACUUUGAAUACAGACUGUGAUUAUUACAAGAUUUCUGAAUUAAAUGCCGCUGAUUUGGUCAAUGAGGAUUUUCUCACUUGUUUUGUUAAGAGUGGUCAACUCACUUUACUAAGUAUUAACACCAGGAUUGAUUGUGAUAGUUGUCUUUGCAUAACACCUCUGGGACAUUUAAUCUUAAAUGUUGACAAGGAGACUUAUCAGGCACUUGGAUUAGAGGGAAAAGUCUCACACUUUCACUCAAAAGUUAAGAGCAGAUACAGCAUCGACGAUACCAGUGACAAUAUUCUGGAUACCAACAGUCUUGCAUAUAAAAAAUAUUGGAAUCCCUUCAGUCAUGAAUUGAAUUUAUCUCGAAUAUUGUCACUGAUGAUGGUGUGA